AUGUCAUUUAGAUCAUGGCGGCAAUUUCAAUUCUUCGAGAAUAUCCCGAUCAGGGAUCCAAAACUUGGUAGCGAAUCACCUUUAUUCUCAGAUCCUACUCUCUCUGCAGCGUGCCCAUUCCAAAAUGACAAACUAUUUACCGCUAUUCAUUCGAGAGUUCUGCGAAAGGUCAACCUCACUACGUUGGAAGUUGAGCUCGAAUUCAAAGCUUAUCCGGAAGGCUUUCAGAUUACACACUUGUGCUGUAUAGAUGACGUCUUCCUGGUUAGUAUCGCAGAGCAGCUAGGAAAACCUUGCUCGUUAAAGGUAUGGAGAGCUGACAAACAUUUGAGAGAUGAAUACGACUUCCAUAGUGCUGUUGAAAUAAAAAAUGGAAAAAACACAUUCCCUUUGUCUGCUGUGUCAAUUGCAAACGAUUUAACCUGUAUGGCCAUCGGGUUUGUAAAUGGGCGGAUAGUAUUGAUACGGGGGGAUACCGUCCACGAUCGCGGAUCAAAGCAACGAGUUAUAUAUGAAGAUCCGAACAAAGAGCCAAUCACGUCUUUAAUGUUGGAUCGCGAAAGUCAAACCCUGUUUGCGUCCACGACAUCUGCGCUUUUUCUUUUCAACACGUCGGGCAGGAAUAAUGGCAAACCUGAAAUGGUUCUUAACUCAGAAUCAGGCGUCGACCUCAAUUGCAGCUGUUCAAGUAGCGACAAAAAUGAAUUUAUAUGUUGUUUCACCAACUCAAUUGACUUCUACAAGUCCAGUGGUGAAAAGCGGUCUUUGGUGACUGAUCUCUCUAUGAUUCGAAGAGUAUUCUCAAUUGACAAAGAUCACCUAUUGAUUUUAUCUGGAGUUCAAGCAUCGAAUACUAGCGCUCUCAACACAUCCACUCCCACAGGACCAAAUAAUCGCGUUGUGAUACUUGAUAUUCGCAACAAACUUAUAGCCAUGAACAAUCUGAUAACCGGGUCUGUAUUGGAUAUCUUUCCAAGCAAGCUUACGGAUGAGCCUUCUGUUGCAUUGCUGACCUCAGAUGGAACCUUGCACAAAAUAAGCGAAAGACCGAUUAAUGAGAAGUUGCAAAUAGUGGAGCAAAAGGAGCUCUUUCAAAUUGCUAUCGAUUUAGCAGAGCAGCACAAGGUAGCACCUAUUCAAAUCGAGGAAAUAAGAAAGAAGUUUGCCGAGUACCUGUACAAUAAUGGCUCAAAGUCAGGGGCAAUAGAGCAAUACUUACAAUGCCUUAAUGUAACCGAGACAAGCGAGGUUAUUGCAAAAUUUGGAGCCGAAAAUUCUUCAAGCCCGGAUGACAUCUCGAAUCUGUCAUUCUACUUAUUGUCUAUGAUGCAAAAGGGAAUGACCAAUUGUGAUCAUGUUACACUGUACAUCAUAACUUUAAUAAAGCUUAAAAAUGAGGAAGGACUCCACAAUUUUGUCAAUCAUUUUAACAGAGCAGGCAAAUAUCUUGCGACGGAAGAGCCUGAGUCAUCUUGGAUGCAAGAUGAAGAAUCUUUUUUUUAUUCUGACCUCAAUCUUUUCGACCUCGAACUUGUCUUGCGGCUGCUAUUAGAUUCAGGAUUUGGCUUGCAUGGCUAUAGAUUUGCAAGAAAAUAUUCAAAACGACCGGAAGAUGUUGUAGAUAUUCUGAUUACUGAUUUGAAUGAUCCCCACUCCGCGUUAAAAUAUAUCAAAAGUUUAAGCGUCGAUGACACUUUGAGAGUCUUGAUCUCAUUCUCUAAAAAGUUAUUGGAGCUCAUACCGAAUGAUACUAAUGCAUUACUGAUAGAGCUAUUCACAGGAAAAUUUCAAACCGUAAGAUUUGAAGAAAUGAGUGAUGAUAUUAGUUUGAAGAACGAAAAGAUUGAUUACAGCGUUUUUUACAGUUAUAAUUCAUUCCUCGAUUUUAUGAGAGGAUCUUCGUCCUCAAAAGAUCUGCCUUCAACUGAGAAUGUUCCGACCUACCACCCACCGCGCCCUGCCUUAAUUUUCAGCUCUUUCAUAAACCAACCAUUUGAAUUUGUUGUGUUCUUAGAGGCUUGCUUGGGUAGUUAUAACGAGUUUAAUGGCUUUGACCAUGACAAACAGCUUGUUCUGACUACACUUUAUGAUAUCUACUUAUCUCUGGCAAAAGAAGAUGACAAAAGCCGUCAAAACGAGUGGAAAGAAAAGGCGCGACAUGUAUACCAAGAGAGUACAAAACUUGUGAAAGCGAGCAGAUCAGCAAGUAGCACAACUUCAUCAGAAAAGCUUACGAAGCCUGUAGACAAUUCUCUGAUGAUGCUCAUCUCCCAAGUGAACGACAUUGAUUUAAUGCACGAAACAUACGAUGAAUCCGAACAAUCUAAUUUGAAGUUUGAUAAGGCUGAUUUAACUUACAAGUUUGAGUCUUUAUCCCUAACGAGUGGACCUAAGACCGCACUUAAGUUCAUCGAACAGUACGGCGAACAAGAGCCAACACUAUACACAAUGGGUUUAGCGCACUUUGUGAGUUCAAAGAGUGCACUAAAAGGUAUCGGCGGUGAAGCUGUCUUCAAAGAAAAAAUUCUACAGAAAGUCUUGGAUUUGGAUCUGAUGCCCUUGUUGGAUGUUCUUCAAGUGCUCGGUUCUACUAAUGUUUCCACAUUUGGUCUUGUACAAGAGAUUCUAAUCCAGCACAUAAAAUCCGAGAGUCAGGAGAUUAAAAAUAAUCAAAGGUUGGUUGAAUCGUAUGAGACCGAACUAAUGGAAAAGGAGAACAAACUCAAAUCCCUCACCGACAAGAACACGCCCUUGCCUAUCAAGAUCAAAGAUCAAACCUGUAAUACGUGUUCUUUGAAGCUAACAACUCCUUUGAUAACUUUUAAGUGCGGCCACAUUUACCACCAAAUGUGCCUGGAUGAGACUGAUUACUCCACUCAGGAAAGCCAACAUUUUCAGUGCCCCCAGUGUAUUGUAGAUUAUAACGCAGCUGAGGGUAUGAAAAGAGCACAGACUGAGGCGCAAAAGAAUAGCGAACUACUGACAAUGGCUUUGAAUGAUGUGCAAAACAGAAAAGACCGUUUCAAAGUGGUCACAGAGUUCAUAGGCCGCGGUGGAAUAGAUUCGUUGUAA